AUGGGGGUGCCGCGAGUCGGACUCUCGCACGACUCGCGGCACGACACUGAGGACUGGCGAGUGGCCAUCGAGGUCUUCGAGGGCAACUCCCAGGCUGGAUCCGAGUUUCUGGUGGGUAUCCUUGCACAGGUCUUGCAGGUAGGUGGCAAUCGGGAAAUUUGCUGGAAAUCCCGGGACUUCUCCCAGGAGCCCUACGAGCUGCUCGCGUUGGUGUUCUCCAUGUACAUCGCCUUUGCCACGUUGGUGAUGCUGAACCUGGUGACCGGGGUGUUUGUGGAAGGCGCCCAGCGGAUCGCCAGGGAGGAGAAGGAGCAGGAGCUCAUCAAGAGCGUGCAGAAGCUGAGCUCGGGCCGCCAA